UCUUCUUUUCCUUUUUCUUUCUUUUUACGUGUAAAAUAAAAACAAAAAUAAAAAAAAUGAGUAAACUUCUUGUUUAUGGUGGUGCUGGUGCUUUGGGUCGUUGUCUUGUUCAACAUUUCAAAUUAAAAGGAUAUACUGUCAUUAACGUUGAUUUGGUCGAGAAUCAAGAUGCUGAUUUUAAUACAUUAACAACAGGCUUCGGUUCAUUACAUGAACAAGGGGAAAUGAUUAAUGAAUCUAUUUUAAAAGUAUUAGAUUCAGAGGAGAAAUUAUGUGGUAUUUUGUGUGUAGCAGGUGGUUGGGCAGGAGGAAAUUCAGCAAGUGAAGAUUUUUUAAAAACUUCUGAGUUAAUGAUCCAUCAAAGUGUCAAUUCUUCUUUAAUUGCCGCUCAUCUAGCUUCCAAGCAUCUUCAACCUGGUGGAUUACUUACAAUGGUAGGAGCAUUGGCUGCAAUAAAUGAAACUCCUGGAAUGAUGGGUUACGGUAUAGCAAAGUCUGCUGUUCAUCAUCUAGUAAAAAAUUUAGCUGCACCUAAUAGUGGUCUUCCUACGGGUUGUAAAGUGGCCGCUUUAUUACCAAUUACAAUUGAUACACCUAUGAAUAGAAAAUUUAUGUCUAAUGCUGAUUUCACUACCUGGACUUCACCUGAAGUUAUUGCAAGUCAAUUAGAAGGCUAUCUUACAAAAGCUCUUCCUUUAACAAGUGGUAAACUUAUCAGUGUUAUUACAAAAGGAGGAGUUACCACCUUUGAUGAAAUUUAAAUAAAAAUUUUAUAUUUGUAUUUUGCUAUUGCAUAUAA